GCCAGGUUCCGUGAGCCGCCGGCACCAGCCGUGCUGACGAGCGCUGGGGAUGGCGUUCCGCGGGCGGAGACCAGAGCACGGCGGGCCCCCGGAGCUGUUUUACGACAAGAAUGAAGCCCGGAAAUACGUGCGCAACUCACGGAUGAUUGACGUCCAGACCAAGAUGGCUGGACGAGCAUUGGAGCUCCUUUAUCUGCCCGAAGAUCGGCCCUGUUACCUCUUGGAUAUUGGCUGCGGCUCUGGGCUGAGUGGAGAUUAUCUCUCGGAUGAAGGGCACUACUGGGUGGGCAUUGACAUCAGCCCUGCCAUGCUGGAUGCGGCCUUGGACCGAGACACGGAGGGAGACCUGCUUCUAGGGGACAUGGGCCAGGGCCUCCCCUUCAAACCGGGCACCUUUGAUGGUUGUAUCAGCAUUUCUGCUGUGCAGUGGCUCUGUAAUGCUAACAAGAAGUCUGACAUCCCUGCUAAGCGCCUGUACUGCUUUUUUUCUUCUCUUUAUUCUGUGCUGGUCCGUGGAUCCCGAGCUGUCCUGCAGCUGUACCCUGAGAACUCAGAACAGUUGGAGCUGAUCACGACCCAGGCCACCAAGGCUGGCUUCACUGGAGGUGUGGUGGUGGACUACCCCAACAGUGCUAAAGCAAAGAAGUUCUACCUCUGUUUGUUUUCUGGACCUUCGACCUUUGUGCCAAAGGGCCUGAAUGGAAAUCUGGGGGAAGAGGCGGCCAGGGAGUCCACGUUCACAAAUGAGAGGGUCCCGUACAGGAUUGCGCGGCGGGGGGUCGUGAGGAAGAGCCGGGAGUGGGUGCUGGAGAAGAAGGAGCGCCGCAGGCGUCAGGGCAAGGAGGUCAGACCUGACACCCAGUACACCGGCCGCAAGCGCAAGCCCCGUUUUUGAGCGGCCAGCUGGGGUGCACACAGCCUCGCGCUGUGCCAUCCAGCCCAGGCACUCGCCCCUGCGAAGUUUUCUGUACUGAAGUGCCUACUUCAGCUUACAAUGUAGUGUUUUAGAAAAGUUCUAAAGUUCUAAAAGUAUUUUUUCACUAAAAAACGUUCUGAGAGCACCUUAUUUUGUUCUAAAAGCAAUAAACCACUUUCUGUGGAA